AUGUUGCCCCAAGAGGAGAACGAUGAAGACGUUACGACAAGGCUUUUAAGUGAAAUUGCGUCUAUGAACUUCAUUCGUUCCAAAACGACCAUACCCGUACCCCGCGUCUUCGGGCAUAGCGUCAGGAAGAAUGACUUCGGCUAUUCCUACAUUUUGAUGAAAGCUCUCCCAGGAACCGUUCUCAAUCACAGAGUGGCUCUCUCAAUACCUGCGACACAUAAAAAGAAAUUUGCCGCUCAAUUGGCCCGCUAUAUCUACGAACUGAGUACUCUUCGGUUUAGCAGAAUCGGUUUCCUCUCGUACUCCGAGUCCGACGAGUUCGAAAUCUGCCCAUUCCAAAUCUCAGGCUCUUGGGUCAAACCUUUGUCAACCUCGCUAGAAUACUUUUAUCUAUUCCGCAAAGGCCAAACAAGGGAGAUCCGCGAAGGACACAAAGGCGAAGCAGACUGGGAAGCAGCAGCUUGGUUCCUCGAAACAUCGCUAACAUCAAUGGUAACGGAAGAGCAUAUAUACGGCCCAUUCCCGUUAUGUCAUCUGGAUCUUCAUUUCAAUAAUAUGCUCGUUGAUGAGGAUUUCAAUAUCACUGCUGUUCUCCACUGGAGUAAUAUCCAGACUGUGCCAAUGGAGCGGUUUGCCGUGAAUCCGGAAUUCGUUGCUCCUCCUGCUGCGCCGCAGGAGUAUAAACAGGCUGUCUUUGAGUUCCGGGAUAUUUUUGUUGAUGAGUUGGCUAUCAUUGAACGAGAGAACGGGGAGUCGCCCGAUGAUAAGGGGAUGCCGUUAUCCCGUCUGUUUGGAUCGCCCUUGUCUGAGGUCGUUUUUCGAUGUACUUGUAGCCCUGCGCGUAGAGCUAUUUUCGAUGCUCAGCUCACCCUCCCUCUGACUUAUGGCCGAGAUGCUAAGUGGGGGGAUUUCAAGAAAUUCUUCAAUGAGCGUUCGGCGUGA